GGGAAGUCAGAGAAAAUUGCUCCUUUAAGAGAGCUGUGGGCUCGGACUUUUUUCAUUGACUCUAUUAUUGGAAUUUGUUCAGAAUCAACGGGAAACUACUUGAAAGUCUAAAGACAAAGAGGUUCUGUGACAUUUCGUGACUGAAAAAAUGUCUGACUCUGGAGUCAAUCCACACUUGGAGGGAAUUAUUUCAGAUUUUGAAGCUCUGAAGAGGUCCUUUGAGGUGGAGGAUGUCGACUCUUCAGCUCACUCUUCCCCUGGCUCCCGCCGGACCACCAGCUCCCCUCACCGCAACGCCAUGUCUCCUACCAGCAUCUACUACCGUGACCUGGGCACCCCCGCCAACAACAACAACAACCUCAACUACACCCAGCCUCGCUCCAUUAUGGGUGGAGGAGGCUCCAAGACCCCCGAGCCUGUGUCACGCCGCUCCGAACUUUCCAUCGACAUCUCCUCCUCCUCCAGCAAGCAGGUGGAUAACAUCACCAGCCCCUCCUCCUCGCGCUUUGUGACCAGCAGCGCACUGAAACGCCCCGAGGUCCUGGGCCACUCCAGGACCCCGGAGAUGAGCCACAAGAGGGAGGUCACGUUCGCCAAGACGCCCACUGACUCCCCGGCGAUUCGGCGCACUGAGGGCAACAAUAACAACAAUGGGACCAGCCGCACCCCCGAGCAGAAUCACGCUCGCAAGUUUGAGCCCCCCAGUCCCGGGGAUGUACGUAAACCUGACAUCAGCAUCACCAGAGCUCCGCCUGAGAACAACGGCCAUCACCCAGCAGUGCACCACCCACACCACCCCAACCCACACCACAACACCAUUGUGACCACCUUCCGCUGCGCCUCACCCAACCAUGGACGCAGAUCCCCCAACCCUGAAAGGUCAGAGGUCAAUCUGAGCCACAGCAGCAACAUGUCUGAGUCCGCCAAGCCCCACCACCCCGGUCCUCAAGUCAAGGGGGAGAAACCCCAUGGCGGCGACUUCAGCUACGUGGGCAUCGAUGCCAUCCUGGAGCAGAUGAGGAGGAAGGCCAUGAAGCAGGGUUUCGAGUUCAACAUCAUGGUUGUGGGGCAAAGCGGCCUGGGGAAGUCCACCCUGAUGAAUACCCUGUUCAAAUCCAAGGUGAGCCGUAAAUCUGUCCUGCCCAACCCAGAGGAGAGGAUCCCCAAGACCAUCGAGAUCAAGUCCAUCAGUCACGAUAUUGAGGAGAAAGGAGUGAGGAUGAAGUUGACAGUAAUCGACACUCCUGGCUUUGGAGAUCACAUCAACAAUGAAAACUGCUGGCAGCCCAUCAUGAAGUUCAUCAAUGACCAGUAUGAAGCCUACCUGCAGGAGGAAAUCCACAUCAACAGGAAGAAGAGGAUCCCAGACUCCAGGGUGCACUGUUGCAUAUACUUCAUUCCUCCCACAGGCCACUGUCUCAGGCCUCUGGAUGUGGAGUUCAUGAGGCGACUCAGCAAGGUGGUCAACAUCGUCCCCGUCAUCGCCAAGGCUGACACACUCACCCUGGAGGAGAGGGACUUCUUCAAACAGACGAUUAGAGAGGAGCUGCGAGCCAACGGGAUCGACGUUUACCCCCAGAAAGAGUUUGACGAGGACGCAGAAGACAGGAUGAUCAAUGACAAAAACAGGGAGAUGAUCCCUUUUGCUGUGGUGGGCAGUGACCAGGAGUACCAGGUGAACGGGAAGAGGAUUCUGGGGAGGAAAACAAAAUGGGGCACCAUUGAGGUUGAGAACAUUGCACACUGUGAGUUUGCUUACCUGCGAGACCUCCUCAUCAGGACACACAUGCAGAACAUCAAGGACAUCACAGGCAGCAUCCACUACGAGGCGUAUCGUGUCCGCAGGUUAAAUGAGUCCAACGGCCAUUUCACCCCUCAUCCCACUGUUGAGCCCAAAGCCAACGGUCAGCCCGAGGCGCAGCCCAGCGCCCUGCAGGCCAACGGAGUGGCUGCCCAGCACGAAGCCCUGUCCCACGAGAUGUAGAGAGUCCUGUGUGGUGCCAAAUUAGGAUUUUCAGGACACAGUCAGGCACAAAGGAUACACACACACACACACACUCAUGCUGUGAAGACCAUUGUUGUGACAUAGAAGGACUACCUAACCACAGCUUUUAAUUUAUCAGGAGGUUACACGACACAGGACUCAGUAAAUUCCAGCAUUUUCCGUCCGUGGGCUCGUUUCUUGUCUUUUUCCUUUUUUUUGCAAGUCUGAGCAAAAAUCAUGUAUUCACUGCAGACCCGCAUAUCGUACUCCCCCCCCCCCCCCCCCCCCCACACACACAUCUGCUUGACUCCCCAACACAAUCUACAUUCAGGAUUGUUUACAAUAAAACCAUGAUCAUUGUCAUAGCAUAUUUUUCGGGCAUCCGUUGAUUGUCGGCUUUGCAACAAAAUGUCAACGACUUACAGUAACGAUGAAGCAACGGACAAAAGAUUUUGAUCAGAAUAAAUUAAAAGAUAUGGGAAAACGACAUCCAGUGGAAAAAGCCUGUGGGGUGCUGUCCACCUUUCCAGGAUCUUGGGUUAGCCGGAGGUUUCAAACUGAAGUACAGCAUAUGAUCUGGGGAUGUUACAAGAUUAGCUCUAAAGUAGAAAUAACUGUUAGUGCCACUGGCCUGCGUUGUGUUGUGGUGUAUAGUUUUGUAUAGAUAAUCGGGUUAAGUAGGGAUAUUUAGAUUAGUUUUAUAGUAUUACGGAGGAAGUAAAGAUAUUGCUGACACCUCUGCACUGCAAAAUAAAAAAAAGAAAGCAAUAGCAGUGUGGAGCAGCUUUGGUGGAAAGAUGAGUCCUCUUGUCAUUUUUCCGUUGUGUUAUGAUGUUUUCAAAACCCUUGGUUGCCAAACCAUCCCGUCUCUUUCUAUAUAAUGCCAAUAUCGUGUAAUACAGUCAUACCUUGCAUUUUACAUCGCUCAUUUACUUAUUGAAUUUUUAUUGCUGUUGUUCAUGGUCUAAUACUAUUGUAUGAGAUGGGGUUGUGGAGGAAUGUGUGCAACUGUUAUCCCAUUUUUUUCUGACUGUAAACCAAAUAGUCCUUUUUUUCUGUUCUAAAGAGAAGCACAUGCAGUACAUAGAGUUGAUUUAUGAAUAGGUAUUUAUGUGUAUGUUUAGUGUAAUCAGCAUUAUUCAACUUCCAUUCCAGCUGUUGGCUUCCAGAGGUUUGUACGUUUAGCGUUUGUUUUUUGUCGCCUGCAUUCAUACAGUAUGUCCUGCCCUGUUGCUUAGGCUCCACUGUAACUGGUGUCCAAGGAGUUCACCCGCUCGUGAAGUUGUCUGUAUUCGUUUAUUCAAUUUUAAUAAUUAUGACUGAUCCUGCCAAUAGAUAAAUGGUUAGAGCAGCGACAUUUCCAUGACAUGCGUAAAGCAUUUUAUCAAGAGGAUUUAUUUUCCUUUUUUAUUAAGAGGAAGAAUUUGUGCCAACAAACUUAAAUAACACACAUUUACAUGAUGCCACUGUAUUUGUAUUAUUUGUGAAAAAUUAUACAUUCAUGCACACUCACGGGAUGUUUUAUAGAGGCUACAUCUAAAUUCAUGACUUCCUCAUAAUUUACCUAACAAACAUGGUCAACAUUGUUCGUUUUGCCUCUUUAAGUCUCAAUAAAAAUAUUUUCCAUACAUGCAAAGAGAAGAGAAAACUAUUGUCUUUUAUCCAGAGAGAGUUAUUAGGUUACACUUUGUUUACUGUUGUAUAGUUCUUGUGUAAUUUGUUAUGGUAUUAUAGAUCAAGGUUUUAUCUUUGAUAUGCUAUCUCAAAAAAAUAAAGAUUGAUAUUUUUAUUGUUUAAAGUUGA